CAUCUAAACAAACAUAUACCAACAGGCGUCAACAGAUAGAGCUCAAUUUUGAGUAUUGGUGUACAACAGGACUUUUAGCUAACCAUGUGGAGUUGGCUCCUUUUGUCCUCAGCUUGGGCGAUUCUGUUAUGGAAGACGCCGGUGCAAGCAGACGAAAUAUGUUGUGUGCCUGAUCAAUUCGAAGGGACGGCUUUCAUUGGAUACGGAAGUGUCUUCAUCGAUAGAAAAACAAGGCAAAACUCAUCGCCUCGUACAGCCUACUCCUACAUAAACGGUACCGUGUCAAUAUCGUACGACUAUACCAACAAACUCCUGCUUUUAAAUAUCCGGGGGACAGAAAUGUCUCCACUAUUACCAAAACCGAUGUCAGCAAACACAAUAUAUCUUAGCGAUUACGGUAAGGGUAUCCUGUACAACGUUGGUUUGGAUGGCUCCUGUCAGAAAUCCCAGCUUGAUAACAACAUGACCAGACAAUGCAUUCUGUCUGGUGGAUCCCAGGUGGUGUAUGGAUUCUUGGCGGGAGGAAAUUCUAAUGUGGCUAACUAUAUGUUCACCAGCGGAGGAUCACUUCCCUCAAAGAUCACGGCGUCCGUCGUUAGAGACGGAAAUGAUUGCUGGCCUGUUCGAGCAAACUUUGUACCUGGACCUGAAAUACAAAGUGGAGAUGGACAGAGUGGGAUUAUGUAUAAUUUUGACGUUCUGGAUACGUCAAGGGGAAUUCGGAACCCCUCUGUAUUUAAACCUCCACCCCAAUGUAACGGACUGCCAUUUACAAAGAGAGCUACCGAAAUAACGGAUUAUUUUCGAUUCAUUUUGGAUCAAAUUGGAAUUUCAAGACAAGGAAGUGAGACAUGAUAUAUAUAUACCAAUACCUGUUUUUAAGAUCACGGACAUGGUAUUCUGUUAGCGUACUUAACUUAACGCAAGCAAGUUUUAGCGGAAAACCAAAUUAAAAAAGACUAGAGGAAUAAUCAAUUAUCAAUUAGUAUAUAAUAUAAACUACGCAAUCUUAAUUUAGUGGAAAGCUUUCAUGGCGAAAAACAUUAAGAUAAGAUAACCGCCAAAAUAUGUACGUUUAUUGUGCAAAUCGGCUGAGAUUAACACGUGGUUUAUCGCCUACAUGCCCCACCCCCCUCCUCCUCCCCCUAUUCCUAGAUUUCGUCCCGCUAGGUUCAAUCAGUGUUUUGUCGGCGUACCGUCGUUUGGGUGAUAACAUA